AUGCUACCGGAAUUGCAGGUCCUCCUUUCUUUGGUGACCAUCGCCUACUGCCAUCCAGAUGCCAGACCACUGAUGACUCCUGCGCCUGCACUUCCCGAUCCGUUCCUCCAUCCUCGGCAAUUCGAUAGCAGCUAUUUGGCACAGACCUGCGGGUACAUUGAUGCAUAUAUUCUUUCGCCUCUGGGAUGCUACCAAGGCAGCGUCUGCGUGGAGGAAAGAACUUUAGGUCUUGCUGGCGGAUGCUGUCGACUCGCAGACGUGAGCUCGAAUUGCUUCCUCCCCACAAGUUGCGUGCCUCAAGCGAGUUUAUCUGCGAGUUGUGAUUCUGCUUGUAGUGAGGAUAUCAGGGUGACGAAAUGUGAUGACGCUCAACCAUAUUGCUAUACCAACUACUGGGUAGCAGAUGGUAGCACGCCGACAGAAGUAGGGUGUACUUCAACACAGGGCUUCUUUGCCUAUGUGUAUAGCAGUUACACGAAAGCUGGAUCAAACUUUAGCCCUACGACGAGAGUAUCUCCGGUUCCGCAGACUGCAACGUCCAGUAGCGUAGCUUCCAAUACCGGGACUUUGGACAGUUCACAGCAGAUAUCCGGCAAUGGCGAGAACGAUCAGACAUCCAACCCUGGAUCCGAAACCACCACCAACAAUUCCAAUGGUGGAGAAUCGGUACCUGUGGGAGCUAUUGCAGGAGGAGUUGUAGGAGGAGUGGCCGUGCUGGCUAUUGCUGCCGGGCUCAUCACCUGGCUAUGUCUGCGCCAUCGACGCGAGCAAAGGCGCAGUGCUGGGCUGAAAGCUGGUGAUCCUACUCCAGGGGCCAUUGUGAGAAAGCCGGUUCCAGAGCAGCAUAUGAUUUCGCCCGUCGGUUCGGCGGAGCUUGCCCACGAUCAGAAUUAUCGACCGAGUGAGGUCGACUCGAAUGCCAAGACACAUGCGCAUGAGUUGCUUGGACGCAGGGCAGUGCCCGAGUUACCCUGA